GGCGUGGUGUAAAGGUAUCCACACCAACGUCAUCUUGACACCGAUACGAGAUUAUCUCCAGAAUAGUUUACCAUAAGAGAACUGAUCUGCAGCUUAUUGUGUUCUAGUCAGCAUCACACUAUAUACAAUAUGAACAACACCACCGAUGCUCCAGGAACGCUGCCAACUCAGGUCCACCAUCGUUCUUUAUUCUCGACAGCAGUACCUCUGUCCAUUCCUGGCCCGAGCCUGGUAGAUUCUGCCGGUGGGGCUCACUACUCAGGAGCUAAGAUGGACAGCGGCGAAGAAACCAGAGCGUCGACUACUGAACGAGGUCCGGGGAGUCAGAACGUCCAGCAAGCAAAUCAUCGGAGGGUCAUAGACGACCUUCGAGAGCUUUAUUGUUGCAGGCCGACCGUAGAGAUUUUAAGAAGAACGUGGAGAGAGGAUGCCGAGUUUGAGGACCCUCUAGUGAAAUGCAAGGGUUUCAACCAGUAUGCGCCUCAAUGGCUUGCCAUGGUCAGUGAAUAUUCUUGAGAUGGCUCGUAGUUGUACUUAGCUUGACAGCCUAAAAUCUUUUCGAACUCGGAAACAAUCUCCAGUCGCAUAAUGGCAUCUACUGAAUCCCCCAAUCGACUCGUGUACUCCCAGAUACAAGAGUACACGCUGAGAUACAUUGGAAUCAAAAAGAAGAUUGAAUCUAUUAUCUCGGUAGACCUUGAUGAAGAGGACAAGAUUCGCAGGUUGGUGGAGCAAUGGGGAGGAAAGGAGGUGCCGACGAGAUACGGAGCUCAUCUCUUGCGACGGGCAAAUGCGGUUCUGACACCGUGGUUAGUGAGAGUCCCCAAGGCCCAUCAAGACUAGAACGAUGUUUGUAUAUAACAUCACUGUAACAUGGCUGGUCUGGUGACCUGCGAAACAAGCUUGUUGAUGUAAUGUAUUAUGUACAACUAUGCGACUCCAGGAGGUGGGCAAUAAAAGGAUCAGAGCCGGGUGUCCUCAGGCUCAUUGAAGCGAUGCGUGGGAGGGAAAUGCGCUGAAAUGCAGCUCAGAAUAACCCAUGUUCGCUCACAAGCUUACCUUCUGACCAGCUGCCUUUCAAAUGCCCGCCUAGGAUGCUCAUGUGCCGCCGCAGCUUUGGUCAUUUCUUGGCCAAGUUUAUCGGGAUGGUCACCUGAGUCCCUGUCUCUAUUGACCAUGUACGCCGUCCCUUAGCCAAACACUCCAAUUUAAGUCCCUGUGGAGUCCAAAGUAUCCAUCCCCGUUCACAUCUCCCAAGUCACUUCAUCUCCCAGAAUUCUGCACGUAUGUUGUCAUCGCUUCUACCGACAUCCAAAGCGUCCCUUAGAUCAGCCACAAGGGUACUCAAUUCUACAGUAUGCAGGACACCAGUGGCAUAUUCCCUGCGUCCGUUUACAACCACUCGUGCACUCCUAAGUGCCAAACCUAGGCAAUCCCUGUCUCCUCUACACCCUAUCGGCAUCGACGCGGCGGUGGAAGCUGCAGCAGACCCCUCUGUGACUCCUCGCCCGAAGAUAUUCGAUGAAUUCGCCCUCACUGACCGUGUGGCUAUCGUCUCCGGUGGUAAUCGAGGCCUUGGACUUGAGAUGGCGAUCGCACUGUGUGAAGCCGGUGCCAGAGCAGUUUACUGCAUUGAUAUGCCUACUCAGCCGUCGGAAGAAUGGACAGCCUCUAGAGAUUUCGUGAAAAAGCUAAAUAACGGAUCACGUUUGGAAUACAUCAGCGCAGAUGUACGGGACCAGAAAGGUCUAUGGAAAAAGGUGGAAGACGCUGCGGAUAAGGAGGGUAGAAUGGACAUCUGCGUAGCCGCCGCAGGUGUGCUCAAGGCACACACAGACUGUUUGGAAUAUCCUGCCGAGCAAUUCAAAGACGUUAUGGACAUCAACACACAAGGUGUUCUCUUCACUGCACAGGCAGCGGGUCGUCAAAUGGCUCGGUUUGGGACGCCUGGUAGUAUUAUUCUGAUUGCGUCCAUGAGUGGAAGUAUUACGAAUAGGGACCACGCAUGGGUGUCAUAUAAUACCAGUAAGUCCGCAGUGCUGCAAAUGGCACGCAGCAUGGCGUGCGAGCUUGGGCCGAAGAAAAUACGGGUCAACUCCCUUUCACCGGGCCACAUUUACACAAAUAUGACUGCGGCAUACCUUGACUCGCAGCCGCACCUUCUGGAGAAGUGGUCGAGUAUGAAUCCGCUGGGACGACUGGGGCGGCCGGAUGAGCUGCGUGGUGUUGUAGCAUGGCUGGCGUCUGAUGCAUCGAGUUUCUGCACUGGUAGCGAUAUCAUUGUGAGUGGUGGGCACCACUCGUGGUAAGGCGGUGGAUGGAGUAUGGCACGGGCGUGUAUGUAGUACUAAGGAUGGAGUACGACUGAAUGUAGAUAACCAAGUAUUAUCGAUGUGAGAAUGGAGGGGUGUGACCGUGAC